UCGAAUUCACCAAGAACUCAUUCAUUCGCCUCUGUUUGUUUCUCGGAAGGAAACUCUCUCUCUCUGACAAGAAUUUGUUAUUUCAUGCUUUUCCCGAUCAUGGAGAUGGAGCGCGUGACGGAAUUUCCUCACACGCACAUGGAUCGGCGACCCGCGAAGAGGGCGCGUUUGGGCUGGGACGUUCUUCCUCAGGCCCCCAAGGCCCAGGUAGGAAUGUUUUGUGGACAAGAGGUUGGGAAUCUGACAAGCUUUGCACCUUCAAGAGCACCCUCAGACCAUACCACUUGUUCAUCUCUAUAUGAGAAGGGAGUGGCACGAAAUGGUUCUCCCCCAAGGCGAGAUGAUGACAAAGAUGGGCAUUACAUGUUUGAGCUUGGAGAAAAUUUAACUUCUCGCUACAAGAUCCACGGCAAAAUGGGUGAAGGUACUUUUGGACAGGUUUUGGAGUGCUGGGAUAGAGAGAAGAAGGAAAUGGUUGCUAUCAAAAUUGUCCGUGGAAUUAAGAAGUAUCGUGAAGCAGCUAUGAUAGAGAUUGAAAUGCUGCAACAACUUGGUAAACAUGAUAAAGGUGGCAAUCGUUGUGUGCAAAUACGGAACUGGUUUGACUAUCGUAACCAUAUCUGUAUUGUGUUUGAGAAGCUUGGACCAAGCUUAUACGAUUUUCUACGGAAAAACAAUUAUCGCUCAUUUCCCAUUGAUCUAGUCCGUGAGAUUGGCAGACAACUAUUGGAAUGUGUAGCAUUUAUGCAUGACUUGCGUCUGAUACAUACUGACUUGAAGCCAGAGAAUGUACUCCUAGUUUCUUCAGAAUAUGUGAAAGUUCCUGAUUACAGGGAUUACAAGAAUUCUUCCCGAUCACCAAAAGAUGGCUCCUACUUUAAAAGAGUGCCAAAGUCAAGUGCUAUCAAGGUGAUUGAUUUUGGUAGUACAACUUAUGAGCGUCAAGAUCAGAGUUAUAUUGUGUCUACACGACAUUACCGUGCACCUGAGGUUAUUCUUGGACUUGGAUGGAGUUAUCCUUGUGAUAUAUGGAGUAUUGGUUGCAUCAUAGUGGAGUUGUGCACGGGUGAGGCAUUGUUUCAAACACACGAGAAUUUGGAACAUCUAGCAAUGAUGGAGCGGGUGUUUGGUCCAUUACCACAACACAUGUUGAAGAGAGUAGAUCGACAUGCAGAAAAGUAUGUUAGAAGAGGUAGAUUGGAUUGGCCAGAUGGUGCAACUUCAAGGGAGAGUAUUAAGGCUGUAAUGAAGCUUCCCCGGCUUCAGAACCUGAUAAUGCAGCAUGUUGAUCAUUCAGCGGGGGAUCUCAUACAUCUAUUGCAGGGGUUGCUUAAAUACGAUCCGGCAGAUAGACUAACAGCUCGUGAGGCCCUUAGGCAUCCAUUUUUUUCUAGGGACCAGCUUAGGAGAUGAUUCCAGUCCAGCACAUUGAGGUUUCGCUUCUUGGAUUUACAAAGAGGGAUGUUGAUGGGAUUAUGCCUCCAAGCCUAUCUUUGCCAGACCAAGGAUGAUGUUAAAAUCUGAAUGUUGUAAAUAUCACACUGACUGAAAGGUGUGGCCUGCCGGUGUCCAGAUUGUGUCACCUCUGUGGCUUACAUCCUUUCCUUUUAAUCGCUGCUUUGAUCAUUUUUUUUUCUUUUUAUUUUUUAAAAAAAGAUUUUAGGUUGCAUUGUACCUAGUGCGUUGUUGUUAGUCUUUGGAUCAUCAGCUAACAAAAUUCUGAAGUAUAUACAUGAAAAUAGUAUUUGA